CCGGAGAAUCGUACUGGAAGUGCGGAGGAGGCGAGCUUUAUGCGCUUGGCGCUGAACACGCUCUACUCUUACCGGACGUUUGGCCAAGCUACGUUUGACAUUGUGGCGGCAAUCAGCCCAGCAGCUUUGUCAGAAUGCAGAAAAUUCAGGCUACCAUGCUUCAACGCCUCCCGCUACGCGACGGAUGCCCGGUCCUUUAAGAACAUAAAUUGGGCUAAAGUCAAGCUAGCGCGUGACGUUCUGAAACUGGGUUACAACGUCCAUCUAUCUGACUUGGACGUGAGCUACCUCAAGCCUAUCCCGCUGGCUAUACAAGAGAUCUUUUCAUGGAGCAAUGGCGCCGCCGACUGCAGCAUGAUGCAGGAAGAAUGGGUGCACCAGGACAAUCCUGAUGACGCCGCCAGCCGGCGCCCCAUCUACCUCGCAAACACAGGCGCGGUCUUCCUGCGCUCCAACGACCGCUCCGUGGCUUUCCUGGAGUCGCUGCUGCGCUGGGAAAGCGACCAGAACCAGGAACAAUACAUGGCCACCGUCGUCGCCUACGAGUCCUGGGCGCCCUGCUCGGAGGAGGCCACCUGCCUAGCCAUCCGGCACCGGGGCAUGGCCGCCAUCACGCGCCACCCAGCGCAGUUCCCACACAACAACUGCGCUCCGGAACCACGUUACCGACACUGCGCCUCCCGCCGACUGUAUGUGCACGCUGUGUGCCGAGCCAGCAGCCAAGACAAGGAGGGCUUCCUGCGGUCGCUGCAUGCGAUGUUUAUCCGGGAUGGUGGUAAUGGCGGUGGUGGGGGUGGCGGGGUUGAGGUGGGGCAGCAGGAUAAUGAGGAGCUAGCGGCGAGCGGGUUGCCUUGUCCUGCGAGGCAGCAGCGCGCAUGGAGGGAGAGGUUUUACAGCGCUUAUACAUCGGAGGAGCAGCAGCAGGUGGCGGAAGAGGAGGUGGUGGCUGGUGGGGGUGAGAGUAGUGAGGAGAAGGUAGAGGGCAACGCUAGCGCCGGCAGGAAAACGGGGAUGGGUGCGGCUGCUGGUGACGGUACGACAACAAGUAAGGCGGUUACGAAUACGGCGGUUGUACAGUUGGAUGCGGGGGCUGCUGCGCUGGCCGCCAAGCAAAUGCAAGAGCGUCAGGACUCCAAGCGGCCUCCUGCUGCUGCUGCUGCUGCGUCGAGGCCCGUGCAUCGCAGGCCGCGGAAGCUUGCUGCCUUUCCGUAAUGUCGUCCCGGCCUCGUUGGUUGACGUUUUAGAUUGCGUGGUCCUUCCCUUCCGUGAGGUUGUGAUUUGGUUAUGAUUGCGUGUAUGAUAAAGUCUUAUCUUUCUGUGGACUGUACUUGCUAAUGGUAAUAUGGUGUAGACGUAGGAAGCUGCUGUCAGGAAUAAGCGCCUACUUGCGCUGUAGUCACCAGGGUCACAGUAAACCCGGUUUGGUGUCCUAGGUAGGUGCAUGCUUUGUUUUCACUAAGUACGGUAGUAGACAUUGCGUUCAUUCUUUAGAAAACUAGAACGCUGAUAUACACCGUUGGUAGCUGGGUACCGGUAUGUCGUAUAGUGAUAGUGGUAGGCAUGUCGCUGUGCGCGUUUGCAUGUCAUAGGGUGCAGCUGAUGCCACGUUUGACCUCGUGAGAUCGUGGCUUGCAUGGGUUGUACGUUAUGUACCUGAGAUCCCUCCUUUAUGCCGAUCCUUAAUAAGAUACACCGCCUUUAGAGGCAGCCGCAAUUGGCGUUUCGUUUUCUGUUGCUUGGUAUAUAUUCUUUGAGUUUGCGCCAAAUUAACGUUGGCUUCCAAUCUAGAGGCUGUCGAUGCUAUUUAUAAUAAAUGCACUGGUGCAGGGCAGGGAGUGAUGCAGGCAAGCGUCUCAUGCGGCUAGGAACAGCACGUUUGUUUUGCAAAUAUUGCUUUUGCCUUCCGGUUUAAUGUACCCCUAGUAUUCUUUGGUGCUGUUGUGAUGGAAAGGACCCAUGGCUUAAAUGUUUGACCGAAACUUGUAGUAACGAGUUGUUGUACGUGUACGGUGUAACAGGUGAUGUACGAUCACAAUUGCGCUUCAUGGGCAUUCCUGUACAGAUGUUUGCGUUAUGUGUAGGGCUGUCACGGCUCAGGCUCAGUAGUCGUCCGCAUUAGGGAUGAUGGGUUGGGAGUAUCAUUGGACGAGUGUAGGACAUGUGAGUUAUGGGGCAUGGUAAGCACGAUUGCUUGGGUUGACAUGUCAGGUUAGGACCUCUGAACCGCUGUUGCUAGCCAUGGAUAUGCGCUUCUGGUGAGCCUGAGUUUGGUUUGUUGACGCCAGCGUAUCACGGUAUAGCUUUUCGCCGGCUGUGGACUUGCGUUAUGCACCGUCCUGACGUGUUGUACGGCUUUCAACUAGGCCCAUGCAAGGGCCCUAAGCUAUUGAGAAAACGGGGUGGGCUAUCAGAGGAUGGUACCUCAGUUUCAUCCCCUGGGUUGUCCUGUUGCGGUAUGCUGCGGGGGAGCUGCUUGCACCUGCUGCGUUUAUGUGCGGUUAGGCAUGAUGAUUUGCAUGCACGGUUUGCGGCUUUGGGUGGUGACGGUAAUGGCAACAUGCAAGGGUUACAAAGUUACAACUGGCUGGUUGUGCUGCAGCCUU